AUGUUAAUUUGCCACCUUCAUUCAUCGUCUACCACAAUCAAGCGAAGUGAUAUCAUCCGCGUCCUUCAGCCUUUGCACUGUAAGAGUGCGCAACAGGCUGCGAAGUUUUCACUUUUCACUUCUGCUGCGAACAGAAUUGUUCAUACUGGCAUCGCUACUAUUAUUGUCCUCGAGUACUCUGCCUUUCUCCCGAACAACAAGAAGGACUUUGAGCGCAUCGGGUCUGCCAUGGACUACUACCUGAACUCUCCAACAGCUGUCGCAGUGGAGAAAGGAGCAGAAGAGAUUUCUCGUCAAGGCUACAACAGAGAGGAAUUGGGGGAGAAGAUUUUGGAAUUCAUCCUUGACAAUCGCUUGUCAAAGGACUUGAUAGAAAAGAAGUAG